AUGCGAUUCGGACGCACCGUGAGACGGCGGCAGGACAUCGCACUGGCAUUCAGACAGGACAACUCCUCUGCUAGUGCAUCCGAUACUGGGUCUGGGACGUCGGCAGCGAGUGCACCCGCCGACCGAUGGUUCUUCUCGGGCAAGCGCUUCACAGGGGUCCACAACAUCCUCGUCGGACGGCACCAGCGCUGUCCAAAGUGCGCAAUCUUCCACGUCGUCCUCCACGCCUUCUGCUACGCAAUCGUCUACUUCCUCGACCACGAUCUCAUCUACUACGCCGCCGUCAUCCUCAUCGUCUCUACCUUCAUCAAGUUCUCAGCAGCCCUCGUCCAACUCGGGUUCCACAGCGCAAGCUCCACGUCAAGUGGCUCUUCUUCGACUACCACGCCGCCGCCAUCAAGUUCAUCUUCUGCCUCUGGCCGAGAAACCACGAUAGGCACGAGUACCAUCGUCCAGACGGUCAAUGGGCAAGUCACUACCUCCUUCCAACCUAUCGUCACGACCAUGACCCAGUCUGACUCUGGUGGACUCUCGCCGACUGCCAAUAAGGGCAUCAUCGCUGGAUCUGUCGUCGGCGUGUGCGCCCUGCUCAUCCUCGCUUUCGCUAUGGUCGUGUUCUAUCGCCGCCACAGGCACAAGAAGCUCGAUUUCUUCAAGCGAAAACAACCAAAGCCGCGAAACAUGCUGCUCGCCGGCGAGGACCUGGACGAUCUGGACAUGGGACCGCCGAUGGCUAGCUACAGGGAUUACCCCGGCUCCAUGGUGUCGCACUCGGCAUCACCGUCCGUCGCUGGUCACAACGCUUCGGGGAGCAUCAGCGGCUCAAUCAUGAACCCGCAAGCAUCCUACUCGCGCGUGCACAUACCGGGUACUCCCAUGCCAUCGCCGCACCUCAUGGGUAUGCGGACGUCUGAGGCUGGCUCGAUCUUCCAAGAGCAAGUUUGGCCCCCACCGCGCACCGCGUUCGUCGACCCCCUGGUCUCGACGGAUGACCUCACGCGCAUCGUCGACGAUAGCACCACGUCGCUGGACUCCGUGCCGGAUAUGCCAGUUGCUGGGGGGAGACACGGCAAGACUCCGUCGCAGACGACCUUGCUCCCUCCUGCAAGCCCCCAGACGCCGACCCGGCGCACACCGCUCUUUGUUACGAAUAUGGGCUCCGAGGCGCCGUCCAUCUACUCACAACAGUCUCCGCCUCUCGGAGCGAGCAAACAUCUGUCAAGCGAGGCUGAGCUGCGCCAGCCGCUGUCUACGGAGGGUGAACCUAUGGGCGAGGCGUUGUAA